AUGGUUAAUGAGGCGCCGUCGCUGCAAUACGAUACUAAGCAGGGUAUAGCCGCCAACGAAGGCGGCCUCAGCCUUCUUACGGAAAUUCGUGGAAUGCGUGCAGAUAUUGAGAGACUCGAAUCCCACUGCCAGAAACUCGAAUCCCACCGGCAAAGCCAUCUAGAUCUCCGCCAAAGGGCUAUUUCCACAUGGGUACGUGAUGCGCUACAUAAGGACGACACCAGAAGAUUCAACAAGUCUAUUAUCCACGGUGGUGAUGUGCGAUCCGAUGCCAUAGUAGUCACUGAGCGCUACGAGAAAAGUAGCACCGAAUGGCAAAGUUUCCGUACUCUAUAUGGCCUAACUCCGGACAAUGUGAAUGAUCUCGACCAGCAUAAAUGCUUCAAAUCUCUACAGGCCUUGGAUAGAGCAGCCUCUAUCUUACUUAAAGACGCUCGAACAGGCCUCCCUGACCCGGUGAUGAGGAUUAAACGCGAGGAUCUCGUCAAUCUACUGCUGGAGGGGAGUUAUGAAGAGGCCGAGACGAUGAGCCGUCUCAGUUCUAAGCAACGACCGACCAAUCGACGUAACUCGGCUUUUCAGGGCCCAUGA